UGUCGUGAGAAGUACUGAACACAUAAAUGGCGGGAACUUAAUUAGAGUGAAGCUUCCCGUGAAAUAUUUCUAGGGUUCGGAAACAGACACCGAGUGAGGGUCAUUGACACAUUUCAUCCUCAAAUUCCUCCAUUUCGAGCAUAGAAUCAGUGAGAGAUGCCGACGUACAAGAUCAGAGGAAUCAAUGUGGAAUUCCCCUUCGAGGCAUACGAUUGCCAGCUUGUUUACAUGGAAAAAGUCAUCCAAUCUCUUCAAGAGAAAUCUAAUGCACUGUUGGAGAGUCCUACCGGAACUGGCAAAACUUUGUGUCUUCUGUGUGCCACUUUGGCCUGGAGAAAAAGUUUGGGUAGUUUCUCAACUGGUAGACGCGCAGGUGGCAAACUUUCAGAAGGUUCAUUAUCCCAAUCAGAAUCACCGAGGUUGCCUACGAUAGUAUACACUUCACGCACUCACAGUCAGAUUCGGCAAGUGGUUCAAGAACUGAAAAGAACUGUGUACAGACCCAAAAUGGUUGUGUUAGGAUCUCGGGAGCAAUUAUGCAUUCACCCUGAUGUAAGUUUACUUCACGGGAAAACACAGACAAACGCAUGCCAUUUUCUAUGUCAAAAACGUACAAAACGUUACUGUACCCAUUAUCCACGUGUCUCAGAAUUUGUCAAAAAUAAUCCUGGUCUUGGGGAUGAACCUAUCGACAUAGAGGACUUGGUUAAUAUUGGGAAGAACAACGGACCAUGCCCUUAUUAUACAUCACGCGAGCUCCACAAGGUUGUUGAUAUCUUAUUUGCACCGUACAACUAUCUUAUCGAUCCUGGCAACCGAAAAUCUUUGACCAUCGAGUGGGAAAACAGUAUAAUAAUAUUCGACGAAGCUCACAAUUUGGAGAGCAUAUGUGCAGAUGCUGCUUCUUUUGACCUCCCUUCUACGCUCUUAACCACAUGCAUUUCCGAAGCACAAACCUGUGUCGACAUUGCUGUCAAUAGGAGAGAUGCAUUAAAUGACAAAACAUAUAAUCCUGAAAAUUUCGCAAUUCUUAGAGGACUUCUGCUUAAGCUUGAGAAGGCGAUUGCGGCAAUUUCUAUUAAUUCAAAAGAAAUGGGUUUUACGCAACCUGGGGAGUACAUCUAUAAGUUGCUUAAAGAACUAGAUAUAACGCACAAAACAGCAUCUGUGCUUAUUGAUGCAGUUGAUGAUGCCAUGACACUACUCGAGGAAGAUGCAAAGACGUCUGAUUCUCAAAAGACAAAGGGAACUGUGUGUAGGUUGGAGACUAUAGGGGACAUUUUUAAAAUAAUCUUUAAAGAAGAUGGGAACGCCCAUGCUAAAAAUUAUCGUGUUCAUGUUCAAGAAGUUGAAGUUAAUUCACCUGAUACCAUUAAAGGAUCUAAGAAAUCUAGAAUUUUUAGCUGGUGGUGUUUUAACCCUGGGGUUGCAAUGGAAGAAUUUGCGAAAAAAGAUGUUGGAUCUAUAAUAUUGACAUCUGGCACGUUAUCCCCGAUGGACUCGUUUGCUGAGGAGUUGAAGCUUAAAUUUCCCGUACGUUUGGAGAAUCCUCAUGUCAUAUCGGAUAAUCAGCUGUGGGCUGGAAUUGUCCCAGUGGGUCCCUCUGGUCAUCCGUUCAACUCUUCUUAUAAGACCCGUGAUUCUGCUGAAUACAAGCUAAAUUUGGGCAAUUCCAUUGUGAAUUUUGCUCGAAUUGUACCAGACGGGCUGCUAGUAUUUUUUCCAUCUUACUACCUGAUGAAUCUAUGCAUUGAAUACUGGAAAAAUACGAGCGGAGCUUCAACAAAUACUAGUAAUUCUAGUACAAUAUGGGAAAGAAUCUGUAAACAUAAGCGACCUGUUGUGGAACCUAGACAAUCUUCACUUUUUCCUGAGGCUAUUGAUGAUUAUAUGUCCAAAUUAAGAGAUACUUCAAGUAAUGGUGCAGUAUUUUUUGCUGUAUGUCGUGGAAAGGUAAGUGAAGGACUAGAUUUUGCUGACCAGGCUGGUAGAGCUGUAAUUGUCACCGGCAUUCCAUUUGCUUUGUGGAAUGAUCCUAAGGUUCGGUUGAAGCGUGAGUUCUUGGAUGAGCAAGCACGGUCGCAACGUACAGGAUCUAAGGUUUUGACUGGAGAUGAGUGGUAUAGUCAACAAGCAUCACGGGCUGUAAAUCAAGCAGUUGGACGGGUCAUUCGUCAUCGUCAUGAUCAUGGAGCAAUCAUUUUUUGUGAUGAAAGGUUUGCAAAACCAAAUCAUCAGUCUCAAAUAUCACUCUGGAUACAACCUCGCAUCAAGUGUUACUCAAAAUUUGGGGAUGUAGUUUUCACAUUGACAAGAUUUUUUCGAGAUGCUGCAAUCAACUAUCCAACAAAGCCGAAGUUAACGCAGAUUGAGGAAUCAGGAGUCAAAAGUAGUCUGGUCAAACUUGACCCCGACAUAUUUCUUAAGCCCUUGGUUGAUAAAUCACACUCUAUUGAAUCAUCAUUUCCGGCUGAAGUCAAACGAGGCAGCAUUUCCAGACAGCUUCACGAAAUACUUCCUGCCAAUCGCUCAAAUCUUUCUUUUAACGAUCAAAAACUGAGUUCAACCUCGAAAUAUACAAAUAAUAAGAUUUUAGAACAGAGACUAAUCAUAAAAAAGGAAACGGUCGAUUUGACCGAAGACGUAAGACCAGACGAAGAAACAGAAACGUGCAGUCAACUAACUGCACCCUAUUUUGUAAAGAAACGUAAAUUAGAAAAAGCUAAAUGUAACUCAUUACAACGGUGUGACAAAUCUUGUGGCCCGCCUGUGCAAGAAUGUUCAUCGUUGCAAGUCAAAAGUGAGAGUCAACUUGUAUCUUCAGGUAUCCGAAGUGGAGUGUCGAGUUCGACUUCCGGCGAUCAAGAGCAAAAAGGAAAAAUGUUUAUUAACCAGGUGAAAGAGAAGCUUAGCGAUGGAGAAUACAAUGAAUUUUUGGGAUUUAUGAAGGCACUUAAGUCUAAGGCCAUGAAGAUAGGUCAUGUUCUUGAAAGUAUCAUAAAAAUAUUUUCCGCCCCGGAGAGACUUUCUCUUCGCCAAAGAUUUAAGGAUUAUCUUCCUGCAAAGUAUCAUUCCUUAUAUGAGCAUUACAUACAGAAAACCAAUGAUCCAGCUGUAGAUCUAUGACAAAUGGUACUCUAAUCUCAUCCGCUUCAAACUUAUAAAGCAGCAUUUCUAACAAGAAGCUGAUGGCUUGAUAUAUUGAAGGAUGCACAUGUAAUUUUUGUUUUUUUGCCAAGAUCCAGCAGUUAGAAAUAUUCAGGUUUAUCACUAAAUGUGGCCAAGAUCCAAUUUGGAAGUAUAAGUUGUAUGCUAUUCCUUCGUAAAUUGCACCUUGAUCAAUGAGAAGUUAUAUUUAUACCAAAGAUUCUGAAUUCA